AAUCAGGUUAGUGUUUUAUAAGGAGCUUAGCGCAGAGGGCCACAGUGUGCCACUAAUGUAAUGGAGUAUCUCUCUCUCUUUCUCUCUCUCUCUCACUCUCUCGCUCUCUUAGUCUCUUCUGUCCUCUUUUCUCUUUGUGCAUUCGCUUACCCUGUCAUGGAGUGUCCUUCUCUCGCUCGCUUUCUCUUUCUCCCUGCAUGUUUUUCUCUCUCUUUACACUUCCCUUGCUCCCUUCCUUCUGCAUCUUCCUCUGUCUGCAGAUUUGGACGACUCAAGCCUGAGGUUUAAAAACAACAGUACCACUGCUGAGACAAGACAACUCUGCCCAGAGAAGAGGACAAAAAGGAGGAAGAGAAGCAAAGGCGGUUCCAUUAGACGUUGGGCCAAUGGAGUAUUUCCCUAGAGAUACAGAAGGAAGCACCGAGGACAUUCCAGGACGUAAAAAGUCCAAACUGAAGGCUCUGAAAACUCGUCUAUUCGGGAGGAGUAAGAGAGGAGGGGGAGGGGGAGACGCCAAACUCAGCCAGUCAGCCAGUGACAUUACUGCAGAAAAGGGACUCGGAUCAGAUGAAGAUUUGGCUUGCUCCCAGGGGAUGAUGGGAUCACGGGCAUUGUCCCAUGACAGCAUCUUUCUGGCCGAUCUUGCCCUGACAGACACUGAACCAGCCAGGGUCUUAUCCCAGGAGAACGUUCACAGCAAGAUCAAAGCACUGCAGAUUAAACUUCAGCAUCAGAAGAUGCAUUUGGGGCCACCACCUCUCCUUCUGCCAAUCAGACGUCCAGACGAUCUGGGAAGCCAAUCCGAGGAUGACAGCCUUGCCCACAGCCCCCCUGAAAUCUCAGGAGCCAAAAGCAAGACCCCAUCCCAGCCGUCCUCUCGUCCGCUCUCACCCAUCCCCAAACCUGCACCAACCAAAUCUGUGCCCCUGACUCCAUCUCUCCCUUUGCCUCUUUCUGCCUCCUCCCAUUCCUCUUCUUCUGCUGUGGAGCCCCCGAUAGACUUCAGCUCUCCAGCCCAGUUUACCCCCUCCCUGGAUACCUCUGCUGCACGCCACCGGAUGUCUGUCAAGCCCAGAAACCAGAGGGCCAGCACCAAGAAGACCAUUGUUGCAAAUGACUCCGAGUCUCACUUACACACCCUUAACGACACCAACCAUCCAGAGUCUGUAAGAGAAGAAGAGCAGCAGCGGCGGCUUAGUACUCAAGAGCAGGUGAAAUUGGAAACAGAACAAGGAGGGGCCGCCACUCCUUUUAUGUCUCAGCGUCUUCCAUCAAAAUCCCCAGAGGUGGAACCAGUCACAUCAGAGGCAACAUCCAAAUCAUCCGGCCUAACAUUUCCCCAACAGGACCAAGCUCUUCUUGGAAGAUUGGCCUCCAUUCCCUCCCAGGUACUUAGAGUUAAGCCUCACAGACCAGGGGAUGUAAUGACCAGAGAACGGCCACACUCAUCUUUUAUACAGUCAGAACAAGACAACAGAGAGGAUUUUGAAAUACAAUUAAUGUCCCAUGACAAGAGAAAUACUCUCAACAAGGCUGAAGUCUCCUCCAACCAGCACACUACUCCCUUUGGCUCAGUUUACCAGCAGGUUCAAGGCGAGACAGAAAGCACAAGCAGAAUAAAGAGACCCACCUCAGGAUCAGGGUCUUUCCAUUUGGCCCUCACCACUGCCAAAAACUGGGAUGGAGAAAGACCCCGAUCAGGCAGUUUUGUAGGAGUGCUGGGACACACUGAAGCCAGGCACAAGACAGUCUGGGGAACAAAGGAUAAACCCUUUUCAAACAUGAGGGAAAAGGAAGAACUGAGAGAGGGCCAUUUUGCUGUGGGAAGACUUAGACAAGAGGAAGUGCCUCACAAAAGUUCAGUUCCUCCAUGUGAAACGAGGGAUAGCCUCAAAAAAAUGGAACCAGUGACAACACCAUCUAAAAAUGUGAGCGCAGAUACAGGCGCUGCGGACGUGGAGGAGAGCAGCCAGGAGGUGUUGGAGGAGGCAGCGGAAGCCCAAGAGGUCGAGGAGGAUGAAGGAAAGAAGGCGUUUGGUGUUAAACUGCGCUCCACAUCUCUGUCGAUGAGAUUUCGGUCUGAUACCUCUUCUAAUCGUGACUCAAAGCCACAUGUGCAUGAGGAGCAAUGUGACAAACGAGACCUUCGACUGACAGAUCCAACCCAGCCGGGCUUGUCCCUUCCAGUUAAGCAUAACCUGUCAUCUACCAGCAAUCCUCACAUGAUGGCGACAGAAGUCCAAACAGCAUCCUCAAACCUCAAAGAAGUUGAAACUGCCACCACAGCGCCUCAGGAGCCCCAGACCACCCCCCAAACAUCCUCAUCUGAGGUGUCCUGGAUGAGCUUGGCAAUGGAAAAGACCAGAAGCCUUCAGCACCUUUUUACUAGUAGAUUUCCCAGAGAUUUUACAGGGGUGCAGACAGCGGCUCGACCACAAGUGCAAAUGGAGACACCGACUGGAGCACAAGUACAGACACAGACUGUAAAAAUACAACAAAGUACAACACCACCAGAUUCUGCAAAUCAACCAUCAACGGAUGCAGUCAAAGCUGAAAGUAGAAGUCAAGCACAGACUGUCAAACCAUCACUAAUAGCUGUGCAACAGAAGACCCCUCCUGUUCAGUCAAACGCCUCCAGAGAACCACAAACAUUAAAACAAAUCAGUGAACCUCAGUCUGCCUCUCAUCCAGCUGUACAGACCAACCUAUGGACAACCCAGUCUCCCUUUCACUCCUCUACACAAACAGAAACCUCAUCUCAGUUUGCACAGGCGAGUGUCACACAGUCUCUUGCACAAUCCAAUCUUUCGUCGGGCCAGCAGCAACUCCCCUGGAGCAAUCGAAGUCUUCAUCCCUCCAACCAGCUCAAAUCAACAACCUUAGUUUCGACCACCUCCUCAGCAACAGCUCCUCCGCCGAUUUGUACCUUUGGAAGAGGGGAAGGAGAAGCCUCUGGGCAGGAAAAUGAGGGAGCAUCACCGUCAGGAAGACGGGCCGGUUGGGCCGGGUCAGUAAGCGAGAAGGCUGCUUUUUUGGAGAAACGGGCAGAGUGGACCACUCCGUCUGGAACCAAGGGGGUGGAAUUAAGGAAAGCUCAAACAGAGGUGCAGACAUCAGGUGAAUCCCCUGCUUCAGUCAAAACCAUGCCUCUAAACAAAGACAUAAAACCAGAAGGAAGACAAGUGGUAAAACCUGCAGAAUCAAGUCCCUCCAAGGUUCCAGACAGACCUCGUGAGGACAAAUGGCUGCGUAAAAAUGUGGCGUCAUCGCCCUCAUCGUCACCCACAGUGCCAUCAGCGUUGCAGUCCAUAUCUGACAGCAGCCAGCCAUCCUGGAUGGAGCUGGCAAAAAGAAAGUCAAUGGCCUGGAGUGAUAAGUCCAUGGACUGAGAGGGAAAACAGCCAGACAGACAGACCUGCAGACAAAUUAUGUUUUUUUGUUGAAUCUGUCAAAGAUGUUGAUUAAGCUCUGUUGAGGCUGUUGUGUUUGUGUAUUGAAUUGUACUCAAUUCUAUCAAGUGUUAAUGUUGUAUUGAGAGACAGAGUAUAUAUUGAAAAUGCCCGGGUUUAUUGUAAUCGCUCCGCCACAAACACAUAAAGAUAAACGAUGAAAAUCAAUUUAUGUAAAUCAGCAUGCCACUGCUGUUAAUAGUUUGUUAAAUAAUAAAAUUUC